CUCGCCGUCUUCUCUGACCCCGAGACCAAAACGCACCGGCGUCGGAGCGGCUGCACGAGGGCGGGGCCCAACGCCGGCGAGAGGCGGCGGCAGCGGCAGCGGCAGCGUGCUCGCCACCAUGGACGAGCAGGAGUUUCGGCGCAUGCUCGAUCUCUACCCCGUCGUUCGGUCCCGCGACUACUGCAAGGAUGAAUUGGAAUCAUCAAGCAAAGGCACCACACAGCAAGAGCAAGCUCAGGAGAUAAAAGGAACCAAAAAGAAGGCUGCAGAAGAUCUAUUCCUGCGGAAAUUGAAGAUGGCUGCUGAGAAAAAGGUUGGAGCAACAAAGGCAGAACUAUUCUGCAAGACAUUCGAAGAAGCUCAUGAGAGACUUGUUUACAAAGAAUUGGAUCUGGAUGCUGCUCAAAGGUUCCUGAGUGCCUACAAGAGUUGAUGAUGAACUGUUGCUAGAUGCCUAAAAGAUUUGAUUUUUAUUCAUCUGAAACUGCUGAAGGUGUGAUGACAUUAAGAUUUCUGAUAUUUCCUUUGUGGUUCUCAUCUUCUGCGAAUCCAUGUAGACAGCCCUGGUCAAUCAGCUACAUUAUUCAGAAUCUGAUGUACUGUGUUAUCCUUAACAUAGACCAAAGAAGAAAAUGUAUUUUUCUUCCAGCUCUGAUAAA